AUGAACAAGACUCAGGCCACAAUAUUUGUGUUUUCUGGACUGACCGAUGAUGCCAUACUUGCCUUUUUUCUUUUUGAUUUUUUUCUGAUUGUUUAUAGCAUAACUGUGGUGGGUAACAUUGGUAUAAUAGUCAUUGUCCAUAUGACGCCAACCCUCCACACCCCCAUGUAUUACUUCCUCCGGUACCUCUCACUGGUGGACCUCUUCUACUCCUCGGUUGUGUCUCCUAAGAUGAUCUAUGACCUGGUCUCGGUGAAGAAGGUCAUCACAUUUCACGCUUGUGCCCUCCAGUUCUUUGUCUUUUCUUCUCUUGCAGGGACAGAAGUUGUUCUCCUCUCGAUUAUGUCCUAUGACCGUUAUGCUGCCAUCUGCCACCCUCUACAUUACAUGACCAUCAUGACCAAGAAGAAGUGCUCCCAUUUGGUCGUCCUAGCGUUUUUUCUUGGCAUCUGGCAGUCGGCUGCAAUGACCAGCUGUGUAUUCAGUCUCCAAUAUUGUGCCUCAAACCUAAUCGACCACUUCUUCUGUGACAUCUUCCCACUACUCCGAAUGUCCUGCUCCGACACCUUCGUCUGUGACAUGGUCACGGCUUUCAUCAUCGGAUCUUAUAUCGUGGGUUCAUUGACCACUAUCUUGGUCUCCUACAUCUUGAUUAUUUUUUCCAUUUUAAAGAUCAGGUCGGCUAAGGGCAGACAGAAAGCCUUCAGCACCUGCUUGUCACAUCUUCUUUGUUCCUCCAGUUUCUAUAUACCUAUAUUUAUUACUUAUGUCUGUCCUCCCUCAGAUGCCUUCAAGAAACAAGACAAGGUGGUUUCCAUUUUUUACGCAUUCAUUACCCCAAUGCUGAAUCCUUUUAUAUAUAGCCUGAGAAAUAAAGAGAUGAAGAAAUCCAUUGUGAGGGCCAUAGACAGCUUCAGCCAUGACAGAGGAAGACUGUUGGCUAUGAGGACCUGA